UCAACAUUGUGUUUACAAUCCAAACGUCAGAGAGUGUUUCAGGAUGUUCAGGUAAAAAUGCCUCCUCCUGGAAAAGGAUUUAAAGUCGACUGUGGCUGAUUGAUUAUUCAUUCUGUGCCUGUCCUCUGAGAGUGUAAGAAGUCCUCUCUGACUAUACAGUGAAAAAUCACUUGUACCCCAGUCUUCAGCAAGUGAAAAAGCUCAUAGUGAAAGAUGUCUGAUUUGCCAGAGUUGCGCUCCAAGGAAUCCACUCAUCGUGCAUUUGUGCUCUUCCACAACACUACUCGGCGUCAAGUGGAGCUCUUUUGGAUGGAUUACCAGGGAAAGCCAGUGUCUUACGGAAUCUUGCAGGCUGAUGAAAAGCGAAAGAUCGACACCUUUUGCACACAUCCCUGGAGCUUCGUGGAUCCCAUCACGCAGGAAAAGCUCAUGGUGGAUGGCAAAUUGAUCUACUACCCCACAGUGUGGUAUGAAGGUGCCAUAGAUCUGGUGAAGAUGACAAUCAGACGCAAGGUGGCCAGAAUUCACCAUGGUGUUCGCACUCUCAAAGAAAUUGCAUUGGAAAUGGUUGCUAUGCAGCUACCCGACGUCUACCAAGCCCAGGAUCUGGAACUACCCCAGGAUCUCGUUCAGGAAGUUCAACGUGUCCACAAGGAACUCUUCCAGCGCAUCAAGCCAGUCGCUGCUAGCCAGUGAGACCAUCCAGACUCACAAAACAAUUUGUAUAUAUCAUUAAGUUCUUGUAUAUAGUUCUUUAUCAUUCUCUCACAAUUCUAUUCAAUUUUUAAAUGUUUCUCGCCAUUUUUCUAUAAGAUUACAAUAAAAUGACAAUCUUUUCCACAUGUGAAUA